AUGGAGAUGGAGGAGAUUUUAAAGCGAGGUGAGGCUAAAGGUCGUCCAACAGGUCCAGCGAAUCUUGGUUUCUUUCAGUUCGAAUCAGGAAAACAAAACGCAGACAACGUGUUCGUUCUUGUCGUCCAUUACGAUUUCAAAAAAAGAAAAAGCUUUCGAAGCUGUGACGCGCCUGACGUGGAGAAAUUGGAUAUGACCUUUGGAAAGAACCGAAACUGUAAUUUCCGCAGCCUUUUUAGACCGAAAAAGGAAAUUUUGCUCCAUCUUCUCGGCAGCCAGGAAAAGCUCUUGCGGUUUUUCUCCUCAAAAGAUAUUCCGUCAGUUUUCGUUCUGUUUUUCCUCUCGCACGGCAACGAAACUGGAGUCAUCUACACUGAUUACUGGAGCGAGACACUCAAUGAUUUCAUUUCCUUCACGACAGAAGACGUUUUCGACUCCCUGAAAAAACUGCAUGGAUUCGGGAAAAGCUUGAAGCUUAUUAACUUUGGCCCGUGUAGAGGAGAUCUAGACGACGCAAAAUUCGACCGAAAAAAGGAUUACAGCAGUUACGACAGCCGAAAUUCUUACCAAAUUACGUCGGCUCCUGAUAUGUUCAACACAGUCAUCGUUUAUUCAACAGUCGAAACAACCAUGGCGAACACAAGUGAACGCGGUUCCUGGUUUGUGACCAUCCUGUGCGAUGUCUUGAGCCAGAUCAACGAGGAUAAGCCUUUGUUGUUAUUCCUCACGUCAGUGCAACACAAAAUGCACAAAGCGUCUAUCGCCGGACCGGACUUCGCAACCAACCUUCAUCUUGGUCAGACGCCAGAGGUCAAAAUUUUCCCUUUAGACAGAAGUUUUUCCUUCUCGAGGACAUUGACUGCUCGAAAAACUGUUUCACGAACUGAUUCGCGCAUGGAAAAGGCAGCAACAAUCACGUCAACGUCUGAAUUUUUUUCGUGGAAGUCAGACGAAGGACAAAACAUCAGAGGUCGGCGCGCCUUCAUCUUUUACGAACGGCAAACGACAGAAGUUCUAGAUAUGGAAAAAGCUCUGCGGCAGAACUUGGAUUUUGAUACAAGACUUUGGAAGCUGAAAGAGGAAUCAAUGAACAAUUAUUACAAACAAGUCAAGCAUGACGUUGGCUGCGUUUUGACUUGCAUUUUCGGCCAAGUGAGCGAAAAGGAAAGGACAAGAGAAGUUUGCGUGCUUGUGAACGGAGAAGAAAAACCAAUCGCCGAUAUUUUACACGGAUUUAUCGGCCCGAAAAAUGAAAGAUUGAUCGGAAAGCCCAAAAUCUUCUUCAUCAUUGACCAAAAGGCGAUGGAAUGCGACUCGCACUUUACAUCAAAAAUCCAAUUUGAGGUCUCGUCAACGAACCACAGCGGCUGGCUUAUCAUGAUUGUAAAGGACAAAGACUUGCUAGGGCACUUGAUCGGAAUCUUCGAAGGAGAUGAGAUGAAAAAAGGGAAAAGUUUGCAAGAGCUUUUAGUGCCCCUGCUUUCAACUGGAACUAAAAAAGAGUUAACUCUGCUAAACUCGACGCUUCAGUACUUGCUUGAUUUUCCCGACUGGCCGAGGACUUUCGUGAAACCAGAUUUCAAACUGAGAGGCAAUAGGAAAAAGAUUUUCUUCGAAGACCUGAUUAAAAUGUUGCGAGAAAUCCAGGUUUGGCUUUUAUGUUCGGUUGCUGGCGCAGGAAAAUCGACAGUUCUCAAAGAAAUCGCUUUUCAAGUCGGAAAAUCAGAUCAAAAUGCCAAAAUUUUUAAUAUUUCGUUAAUGAAAAACUUCCACUACAUAUUGAGCAUUUCUCGAGUGGACGUAGUUGAAUUUCUAGCAAAAACCACGGAGAAUUCCACUGAAGACGUAACAAGCUGGAUUGCUCAGAAAAGAGUCAUCGUCUUCCUGGAUGGUUUCGACGAAAUUUGUCCACACAGCAGGGAAAAAGUUCUCGCAAUACUGAGUGCUAUGAAAGAAAGAGGAGUUCCACUUUGCGUAGCAACGAGACCCCACGAAGUGAAAGUGAUCGAGAAAGCGGUAAAAUACGCUACAAUUGUAGAAAUAGAGCCACUCGAUGAAGCAAAGCAAAUCGAGUUUCUGCAGUCAGUGACCGACAAGAACGAGGAAGAAAUCAAUAGAGUGCUUCACGCCGUCAAACAAAUAGGCCAUUCAAACUCUAGAUACAGACGUGGAAAUAAGAACACGAUUCUGGUCAACCCGCUGCACCUUUCGUUAGCAGCUCAGUGCAGCGGCGAUGGAAAUUUAUUCCAAAUUUACGACAAGGUGGUGAGGAAGAAGGUACAACUGUGUUUGGAAAGGGAAAAUGACGGCGAUAAAGUUGCAGAGUGGAAGAUUGAAAAUGCCCUAAACAUUCUGCGGUCGAUCGCUUUCCGCUUCAUAAAAAAUGAGUCACUUGUUGGACCUGGAGUGACGAAAGAAGACUUGGCGAAGAUGAACGACUAUGGAGUCGCAACCGUGGAGCAAGAAACUGUUACUUUCCUCCACCAGACAUUUGCAGAAUUCCUUGCAGCCCAACAGUUUUUGAAAAACGUGGAAGAGUCAGGCAAUUUUGAUAUUGAAUUUAUUGGCAAAUGGAAUAUGGAACAAGUCAGAAAGUUUGUCGAUCUUUUCUACUCGACUUUAGAAAAGGAAGAAGAGAUCGAGUUUCACACGCAAAUAAUCGUGUCCCAGGCAAUUUCAAGCAAAUCGGUUCAAUUUCUGUUAAAUAUUUGCGAGGAAAACCUCAAGAAUAUUUUUAGGAUGGUCAAGCCACACAUCUCUUUUUGUGACGAACAAAUAGCAAAACCUGGUUAUUGUAGAAAACACUGUUCUUCCAUUUGCGUGAAUUACGCCAUAGUAUUGCUGAUCAGUGCGAUAGAAAACAAAGAUAUCGCCAUCGAGCUGUUGAAAAUGAACGUCAUUGAUUUACGAACCUUGGAAAAAUACAUGGAUGUAGUCCUCAAUGAAAUAGCCAAGUUUAACGCCAUCUCCGUGUUCAACCAGCUAAAAGAGACUUUCCCCAACUUUAUCGAGCUGCUUCGGAAAUCAGAAUGCAGCGCCGGUUGCGCAGCGGUUUAUUACGAAAACGAUGAGAUUCUUCAAUUGUUCCUGGAACAUGGAUUCGACGUGAAUUUUACGCUCGAUAAGAAAUCAGGGAGAAACGCCCUUUACCUUGCUUGCAAUAAAGGGAACCUCAAAUGCGUCAAAGUUCUCCUUAAAUACAGUGCAAAACAAGCCAUUUCGCGUAGUCCUUUUGACAAUUCCUUCGAAAUUUGGGACCCUUUGAACCUGGCUGUACAAGGCGGCCACCUGGAGGUUGUCAAGCAUAUUUUGGAGGAAGAAAUCAGUGGAUUGGCCCGAGAUGAGGUGACGUUUAAGGCAGAUUUUCAUCUGACAGUUGAGGAGGGUGUGCUGAACAAACACGUGUGGCAGGUCAAUGACGAAUUCAACGCUUUCCACUGUGCCGUCAUUUACAAUAAAAAGGAAAUAGCCGAGUACCUGCUCUCAAAAAGUCCAGCCUUGAAACACAUCCCGACAGGAAAGGAGAAAAAGAGUCCUUUGCAGCUGGCUGUGGACCGCAGAAACGGAGAAUUCGUGCUCUGGCUGGCGAGAGAAGUCGGCGAUGACCUGAGUUCUUUCAUUCCGAACGGCGAACAACAAGGUUGGACAGAACACGAAAACUUCUACUACGAUCACUUCCUACUGCUGCGAGGCGACCUGACGAAAACCGACGAGCGAGGCAAAACCCUUCUCCACGUCGCCGCCCAGCACGGAAAUUUGCAGCUCGUCCGCGAUUUUAUUGAGAAAGGCACCGACGUGGCUGCCAAAGACGCCAGAGGAUGGAACGCCCUCCACUUCGCCUGCAGCUGCACCAAUUACUUCGACGACCACGACAAUUCGGAAGUGGUCAAACUCCUGUACAAAACUAAUCCUCGACUGGUGAAAGAAAGGACAAAUAAUGGAGAAACUGCACUGCACAUUUUGGCGAGCAAUAACUUCGCACGCUUUCGCGUAAAUAAAGACAAGAUGGAAACUUUUCGUUUCCUUGUGGACGAAGCUGGGGUUGACUUGAAAGCCAAAAACAGCAAAGGCCGUACGGCCGAGGAAGUGGCCGGAGAUCAAUAUUACCUUAAAUAUCCUGGUGAAAAUAGUAUCGGCAGAAAAAUUCGCUCUCUGCGGAACCGAAUAUUUCGCCUCUGA